AUGAUUCAUCCCCUACAAGCAGUAGUUGCCAACAGUGAUGGCUCUAUAGUUUUUUGCGUUAUAAAGAACAUGAUUCAGGUGUUCCGGUGGGAACAGACGAAGGGUGAGUUUGUUGCCGCCGGACGGUGGAUUGACGAGGAGGACAAUACAAGCGCUAUCAAGACUAAAGUUACCGAGGAACAGCACCGUCAACGGGCUGAAAAUGAUGCGAAAAGACGCAAAAUAGAGGAAGACACCAGCAUCAACAAGUCAGAGGACAAUGCACAAACCAAAAAGGCCAAAGAUGCCAAGGUCCCUGUCCCGGGAGCAGGUGCACCACCUGUGUACAACUAUGUUCGUAACGUUUCGCUUUCGCGCGAUGAAAAGCUUCUCUUCGCUUGCACAGACUCGGACAAGGCGCUAGUGGUGUUUGCACUUGAUUUCAGUGACCCCAGCAAAAAUUGCUUGACAGUUCAGAAGCGUCAACCACUACCGAAAAGGCCCAAUGCCUUGACGACCACCACAGAUGGUCAAAAAGUACUUGUUGCUGAUAAAUUUGGGGACGUGUAUUCCGUGAACGCCCGUGACCAAAAAGUGAUAGGAACCACUGAAAACGGAUUAGAACCUAUUUUGGGCCAUGUCUCUCUGCUGACAGACAUUGCCCUGACAACGGAUUCCAAUGGUAAGCAACUUUUGUUUACAGCUGACAGAGACGAGCACAUUAGAAUAACACACUUCCCACAAACUUACAUCAUUGACAAAUGGCUCUUUGGAUCUAAACAAUUUGUUUCUACGCUAUGCUUACCACAAUGGGGAUCCAACUUGCUUUUCAGUGCAGGUGGAGACAACUUCGUAUCUUCUUGGAACUGGGAGUCUGGCCAUCUUUUGGAUUCCCUCGAUAUCAGUGAACUGAUAGAACCAUUUCUAGGUGACGCACAACUAGCACCCGAGAGAUUUCAGAACGAGACCAACACGUUAGUUGAGUAUGCCGUUACUGAAAUUGUUACUCUUUCAAACUUGCCCUACAUCGCUUUCUGUGUUGAACAGACCAAGGCUCUUUUCAUUUGCAAGAUAGAUCCCACUCUGGGUACAAUCACGCUAGCACAAACCAUUGAAUUACCUUGCAACAUUGUGUCAUUGACAAGCGCCUCAGCCUCUAAUACCUUUGUAGCUGCUUUGGAUAACCGUGAAUCCGGAACUUUCAAUUUUGCCAUUUUCAUUUCUUGGGAUGAAGUUCAGUUCACCAUAGAUGGAGAGAAAAACAUUUGCUUUGACAGGUGCAUAACCGAAGAGCUUGGCGGUAACUCAAUUGCAAAUUUUGAAGGUCAAGUCAUAUAUCCGCUAUAUCACAUUGGAUCGUUGAGGAAGCGUGGUGAACUAUACGCUUAA